AUGAUUUCCACAUCACCACAUAUGCCAUCUCAUACAUCUAAGAGUACAUCAUCGGCAAAAUCACCCACGAGGCAAAAGAAGAAACAUGUCACAUUUGGUCCGUAUCUCAUCGGUGCAACACUAGGUGAAGGUGAGUUCGGUAAAGUAAAGAUGGCUUGGACAAGACCUGCUAAAGGGUCUAACGACGUGUCAAAACAAGUAGCAAUUAAGCUUAUACGCAGGUCAUCUAUAAUACAAAACUCUGAAAGAGAGAUAAAAGUAUACAGAGAGAUUAAUGCUCUUAAACAUCUUACUCAUCCAAAUAUUAUAGGACUAGAAGAAGUGUUACAAAAUUCCAAGUAUGUAGGUAUAGUACUUGAAUAUGCUUCAGGUGGAGAAUUUUACAAAUAUAUACAGAAGAAAAGGCGGCUAGAUGAACAACGAGCCUGUAAGAUAUUUGUUGAGUUGAUUAGUGGUGUAACAUAUAUGCAUUCAAAGGGUUUAGUACACAGAGAUUUGAAACUUGAAAACUUAUUACUUGAUAGUAACGAAAACCUACUAAUCACGGAUUUUGGGUUUGUUAAUGAAUUUCGUCGAGACCAUGAGUUGAUGCGUACCUCAUGUGGGUCUCCAUGCUAUGCUGCUCCUGAAUUGGUUGUCACAACGAAGCCAUAUAUGGGUCGUAAAGCUGAUAUAUGGUCAUGUGGCAUUAUUUUGUUCGCGAUGCUAGCAGGGUAUUUACCCUGGGAUGAUGAUCCCUCUAACCCAAAAGGUGACGACAUACCGAAACUGUACCAUUAUAUUACUAGAACAAAAUUAAAAUUCCCCAGUUAUGUGUCUGCUGUACCAAGAGAUCUUUUGAGAAAAAUAUUGGUCCCUGAUCCAAAAAAAAGGACAGAUAUGACAGAUAUAAUCCAGCAUCCAUGGCUAGAGCCAUACUUUCAUCUUCUUUGUGUAAGUGCUAAGGAAUGGGAUAGAAUCAUGCUUCAGAAGAAAGAUAAUGGUAAAUUAAAACGAAAUUCGACAAUGGUUGCGUCAAGUAUAGCAAAUAGUUCCACAACAAAGAACUCAUGUGUUGUGCAUGAAACACAAAAGAAACGUGCAACAUCAUUAAUAAUGGAUACCACAUUUAAAGCAUCAGUAGCAACACAGCAUACAUACCAAGAUGAGGUCUUAGGGGGCCAUACUGUUCAUGAAAGAAAGAGAUUGGAACCUCUAAUAGAAGAAGAAAAAUCAAAAAGAAACAGUUCAGCAGCGUCUGCGGCACUUAGAGCUGUAGUCGAAAAGGAUGAGGACUCCAAUUUAGAUAUCAUAUCAAAGGAAAAUAAUGUAGUUGAAAAUCUAAGAAGUGGUGAACCUUUUAAUAUUUCCGAUCGAUUCGCUUCACUUCCUUUGAGCCAACAUCUCGAUCCAACAUUCGACAUAACGAAUAACGAGAACCAGGAUUAUAUUAGAGCUAUUGAUCCGAAGUCAUUAAAUAAAAAUACGGAUCAUAUAAUUCAUACUAAUAAAGAUCAAAAUAGUCAUCAUAAACCAAGGCCCGCUACAUAUCAUUUAACACUACACUCUACAACUCCUGACAACUUUUCUACGUCAGGUGAAAACUUAGAAAACCAAGAUGACUCCAAGCAUACAUUAGUGUCGGAGAAUAUCCAUCCAGUUCGUUCUAGUUCCUUAGUACCGGAUGAUAUCACAGCUUUGACAUCCUAUUCAAAGACAAAUAUAUCUCAAAUGUCAGGAAUUAUUAAGAAGAACGAUGUUGUUGUAUCGAAUGAUACAUAUCCUUCAUCACCAGUUAAAAACAUAAGAAUCAGACCAUCUGAGAUAUCCAAUAAUUCUUCUAAUAACGAACAUGAAGCUUUAAGAUCACCAAUUAAGGACACAUAUGGAAGUUAUCAAGGAAUAAAUGAGAAUAUCCCUAUGAGAAAUAAUCUUAAUAAUUCAACAGACGAAAAGGACAAGAAGAGAUUUAGCUUUCUGUCAUUCUAUUCUUCUUUCAAUAGCUCUAAGACCACCAUGGAAACCGAAGAAACAUCUUCGACAUCAGUAUUAUCUCUAUCGAAUCAUCAAAGGAAUAAUUCACAUAUUAGAGAUAGAUCAGGAACUACGACAUCCAGCUAUCGUACGGCUGUAUCUACGAUACCGACAUUGAAGGGUUCUCAGCAUUCAAAACAAAAUGUUACAGACGAACGUUCAGCCAUAAAGAAGGAAAGCACUGAGAAUUCAUCUGGAUCUACAUCUAGACAAGCUAUAAGAGCGUCAGUAAUGGUUUCCAGCCUCUCGACACGUGCGACUCCUCAAAUCCAGGAACGAGGCAAUGCUUCGAAUAUACCACCACAUCGGGAAGUUUCUAAAGCAAGAAAAGUUUUGGAUUUCUUUAAAAGGAGGAGUAUGAGAAUUUAG